AGGGCGGCGUGGGGACGGCAUCGAUCCGCCUCGCCCGGCCACCUCUAGGGCGCACUUCACUCCAAUAGUUCCAUACUUUCCUCACUUCACGUCAACCACCUUAUGUAUGAAAAGUAGUAUCUAUACGCUUUCAUUGUUUAGCCAUCCCAUUAACAAAUACUGAUAUCUUCAGCUUGACUCCAAGGUCGCUACAGCCGAAGAGCAUACAGAACACGUUGGAAUCAGGCUAGGUUUAGUUGAAUCUGUUCGUCGUCUUUUCAUUACGAAUUAAGACUAGUGUUACAUACGGGUCAAAUGUCACGAAACGCGGUACGAUACGUUAUAAGUGAGAAUUGUGGAAGUUUGUUGUGAUUAUUGAAGAAUUUGCGGUAAAUUUAAAUUUACGCAGAUAAUACAUCUAUACACCCCAGUUCUUGUACCAAGUUAGCUUUAGUGAAAAUAGCGCGAAAUUCCUAAGCAGUGUAAAAGUGGAAUGAUUCAUAGAAGUGCUUUGCAUAUCAGAAAUAUAUUUAAGUGAGCAAAACGCUAGUGUCAUUCCUUAUUAUACUAUCGUCGAAAUAAAGCUUCACCACGUUUCGUCACAGCAAACUGCGUUAUUCAAAUCAUUUUCCUUCACGAGGUUCGCCAUUAAAUAUAAAAGGACAAUCUGUAAAAGCGGCGUCAUUGAGUCGUAUCGAAGCUUCACCGAGGCUGGCUGCAGGGCCGGAGUGCGUCCGCAGCGUGGGCGGCGCAGCUGGCGGCGCCGCCGCUGGCGUCCGCCCUGGCUACGGGUAUGAGGCACUCUCGGCGGCGAGCGACGGCAGUGAAGGAGAGCCCGAGGAAGCUCCUGAAUACGCCGCUUUCGAAAUGGAGUGCUCAGGAGGUGGUGAAUCGGUGGAUGGGCCCUCUUCACGUGGCUCUACUAAGGUCAACUUUCCUCCUGAAGUGGAGUUAGAGCGGCGACCUACAGUCUCCGCAGUGGCAACCGCGGCCUACCACAAGAGUCGCGGCAGAUCCAUGAGUGCCUGGAGCGACAUUAGCCGAUCCAGUAUACGCUUCGAAGAAAGAGUUCGCGUGGAGUACUACGUAAACGAGAAUACUUUCAAAGAAAGACUGCAACUAUAUUUUAUAAAAAAUCAGCGAUCGAGUUUACGCAUUAGAAUAGCUAACUUAUUUUUCAAACUGUUGACCUGCGUCUUGUAUAUAUGCCGAGUUUGCGCUGAUGGAGAUCCCAUUACCGCUUCCUGCUACGGCUGCAGGCCUGGAAAUAAGACUGAAUUCGAAUAUUCGGCUAACUUAACGGAAGAGGAAUUUCAGGAGCACCCGAUAAUUAAUUGGGACGGAAUAAUAUGGGUCAAUAGGCCUUUAUACUUGUGGGUUGUGCAAGUCAUAUUAGCUAUGAUAUCCUUUACCGAAGCUAUACUACUCGCUUAUUUAGGCUAUAAGGGUAAUAUCUGGCAACAAGUUUUAUCAUUUCACUUUAUAUUGGAAAUGGUGAACACAAUACCUUUUGCAUUGACGUUGCCAUUCCCGCCACUCAGAAAUCUUUUCAUACCAGUGUUUCUAAACUGCUGGUUGGCAAAGAGGUCACUUGAGAAUAUGUUCAACGAUCUCCACAGAGCGAUGCAAAAGUCCCAAUCAGCAUUAUCGCAACAGUUGAUGAUACUAUGCGUAACCUUACUAUGCCUCGUCUUUACAAGUGUUUGCGGUAUACAGCACUUUCAACGAGCUGGGCAUCGUCACUUGAACUUAUUUCAAGCAACUUACUUUGUCGUGGUAACUUUUUCUACAGUUGGUUACGGUGACUUUGUACCAGAUAUUUGGCCAUCACAACUUUUUAUGGUCAUUAUGAUAGGUGUGGCGUUGGUAGUUCUACCUACACAGUUUGAGCAACUUGCAUUCACAUGGAUGGAAAGACAAAAACUUGGAGGCUCAUACUCCUCACACCGUGCACAAUCAGAGAAACAUGUCGUCGUGUGCUCGACUACUUUACAUGCUGACACUAUCAUGGACUUUCUUAAUGAAUUUUAUGCACAUCCACUGCUACAAGACUACUACGUAGUGUUGUUGUCUCCUAUGGAACUAGACACCACUAUGAGGAUGAUACUGCAGGUUCCGAUUUGGGCGCAAAGAGUGAUUUACAUCCAAGGAUCCUGCUUAAAAGAUACAGAUUUAAUACGAGCAAGAAUGAAUGAAGCCGAAGCGUGUUUUAUUCUGGCUGCUAGGAAUUAUGCAGACAAAACUGCUGCAGACGAACAUACUAUACUUAGGUCUUGGGCUGUGAAAGAUUUUGCACCAGCUGUGCCUCAAUACGUGCAGAUUUUUAGGCCCGAAAAUAAACUGCACGUUAAAUUUGCUGAAUUUGUAGUUUGCGAAGACGAGUUUAAGUACGCCCUCUUGGCGAACAAUUGCACAUGUCCGGGAGCUUCUACUCUCGUUACUCUUCUACUUCAUACUAGCCGAGGCCAAGAAGGCCAACAAUCCCCCGAGGAAUGGCAUCGACUUUAUGGAAAAUGUUCGGGAAACGAAAUUUAUCACAUAGUUUUGGGAGAUAGCCGAUUUUUCGGCGAAUAUGAAGGAAAAAGUUUUACCUACGCAAGUUUUCAUUCGCAUAGAAAGUAUGGCGUUGCUUUAGUCGGAGUGCGCCCUGCUGAGCUGCCUGAAUUCUAUGAAGAAACCAUUCUGUUGAAUCCUGGACCACGGCACAUCAUGAAAAGUAGUGACACCUGCUAUUAUAUGAGCAUUACAAAGGAGGAGAAUUCUGCUUUUGUUGUUGCUGAAAAACAAGAACAUAAGCCAACGCUACCAAAAGACCAAACUGCUUGUAGUCUCCUAUCUAACGACAAGAAAGCAGGUGAUGCAGAGGAGGUUUCUGACCACCAGAAGAAACCUGACGCGAAGUAUGGCGAGGGCACAUCGGCCUCCGAUUCUAGAACCUGCUUAAAAGAUUCGCCAGGUACGGACAGUGCUACCGACAGUCAUUUAUUGCUGCCAAAGCCUGAUAGCAAUUUUCUCAGUCCCGACGCUUUGAAUUACCGUAGAGGAAGCCGAAGACCGUCUAUACUCCCUGUCCCAGACAUGGUAACUAGCAGUUUAAAUAUUGCGUCAGAUAAUCAGGAUGAGGACGCUGAAAUAGAUGAGAGUGAGGAUGAAUUAGAAGACGAUGUUCCAUGGCGAUCACCAUCCGAAAAGAUUGCUGAUGACGUCACCACCAGCAGCUUCUCGUCGUUGGCAGCCAGUGACAUCGGGCACAGCGCAUGGCGAAAUGAUUACAUGAGGAUCGUAAAAGGAUUUCCACCUGUGUCACCAUUUAUAGGAGUCAGUCCUACUCUGUGCUAUUUACUGAAAGAAAAGAAGCCUCUAUGUUGUUUGCAGUUAGCACAAGUUUGCGAACAUUGUGCUUAUAGAAAUGCAAAAGAAUACCAAUGGCAAAACAAAACUAUAAUACUUGCUGCUGAUUAUGCAUCUAAUGGAAUAUAUAAUUUCAUCAUACCUCUACGAGCUCAUUUUAGAUCAAAGACCUCGCUCAAUCCUAUCAUACUCCUAUUGGAACGCAGACCAGACAUAGCAUUUUUAGACGCUAUAUCAUACUUUCCUUUAGUGUACUGGAUGCUAGGAAGCAUUGACUGCUUAGAUGACUUGUUACGUGCUGGGAUUACUUUGGCCGAAAAUGUGGUUGUCGUAAACAAAGAAUUGUCGAAUUCUGCCGAAGAAGAUAGUCUAGCCGAUUGUAAUACAAUAGUUGCCGUACAAACUAUGUUCAAAUUUUUUCCAUCAAUAAAGUCAAUCACAGAACUAUCACAAUCUUCAAAUAUGCGAUUUAUGCAAUUUCGUGCGCAUGACAAGUAUGCAUUACAUCUAUCGAAAAUGGAAAAGCGGGAGAAGGAACGUGGCUCACAUAUUUCCUACAUGUUUCGUCUGCCAUUUGCAGCCGGUUCUGUGUUCUCAGCCUCAAUGCUUGAUACAUUACUUUAUCAAGCUUUUGUGAAGGACUAUGUUAUUACCUUUGUGCGACUAUUACUGGGUGUCGAUCAAGCUCCGGGGUCAGGAUUUCUUACUUCCAUGAAAAUUUCAAAAGAAGACAUGUGGAUAAGAACAUACGGUCGAUUGUACCAAAAGUUAUGUUCUACUACAUGCGAAAUUCCGAUAGGAAUUUAUCGCACACAGGACACGACAUUAGCCGAUGCAUCUCACCACGUGAGUAUGUCGCCAAGGACCCCAUCAAAGUGGUUUUGGUCACGCCUCGCGAGAAUGCGACCAUCGCGUGCAUCGUAUUCUACAAGCCUGGCUGAUGAAGCUCGAGAUAACCAUGCUCAACAAAUUGAAAGAGCUGAAAUAGCUAAUCUAGUGCGAUCGAGAAUGGAAUCAUUAAAUCUUACUGGUAUCGAUUAUGAUGACGUCAGCGAGAAACGAAAUAGUCUAUCUUAUGUGAUAAUAAAUCCUAGUUGUGACCUCAACUUGCAAGAAGGCGAUAUAAUAUAUUUAGUUCGUCCGUCACCAUUUUCUGCGCAAAAAACAUUUGAACGCCACAACAGUCGACGUAAAUCAAAUAUAAGCUUUUGUUCACAAGCUUUGAUUCAAGCUCAAGGUAUUUCGAGUAGGAGAGGAUCCACCAUUGGUGCAAGUUUUGCCCCACCUCGUGCGCCUCCUCUGUCCACUACUAAAGCAAACUCCUUGUCUUUGCCUGAUAGCCCCACCAUAAUCACCGAUUUUAGAGGCAGAUCAAAUUCACUUCGGGUUGUUGAUGAUAUAUUGCUGCGAAGAUCUAAUUCACUUCGUCAAGGACUAAGUGGUGUCGGUUCCCGGCGUAGAAAAAGUAGUCUCGAAGAAAUUGGUAUAUCCCACUUCAAUUCACUACUACAACAUCAACAACAGCAACAGCAACAGAAUGCUUUCAAAAUCGCUUUGAACGGUAGUAUUGGCCUUGAAGUAACACCGCCAGAAGAGCAUCCCUUGGAGCGCUUACCUGGGCCAAGUAUACCGCUCGGGGGAUAUCAAGAAGUUGCAGCAGCAUUGCCGUCUUCGUCUCUAGGUCCUUCAUUACCAACUGUCACAUCAACUCCUGAUCCCCAGCAUCUGCAAGGGACUAUUGUAUGAUACCACCUUAUGUGGGGACGACGACUGAGUUCCGUCAUUAGAAACAAGUGGACGUAGACGUGUUCCGGUAAAUGCGUAUGAGCUAUUUCUCCUAUAGACACCGGAUUCUUAUAAUGUUCACAUGAAUUUAAGCGGACUCAACUAUAUCGUAGCGUCUCUACCUUCACGUAGUGUCACUUAUUUACACGUUUAAGUGCAGAUUUAGUGUUUUAGACAAGUGGUGAAGAGCUGUGUAAUGUAAGCGGGAUCAAUUAGUUUCUAGGUAAAGGGGAUUUAUAAGUCAGCACAACACUGUUGCUGUAUAUCAGAGUUUUAUGUGAUUUUAAUUCAAAUUGUAAAUUGAAAUAAAAAAUAAACUUUACAAAGUGUUAAUAAUUAUUGUAAAUAUAUUUACAUAGAAAAAAAAUAUUAACUUACAGAAAAAAUAAUCACUUAGAAUUAAUCUUUUUUAGACUUACAGAAACUUAAAUAAACAUGGAUUUGAAAAUAAUUUCCGUACUUUAACUGCAGAUAUAGUUCAACCUAACACUAGAUUUGAAACAUCACCACAAGUUCAGAUAUAAUAAAGAAAAUUU